UCCUCUUUUCUCUCUGAAAAAUAUAAAUACAAAAAUUUUCUGGAGAGAGAGAAGGAGAGUUUGCUAUAAGUUUCUGGAGAGAGAAAGCUUUCUCCGAGCUCUGUCUCUGUCUCUCUCUCUCUCUCUCUUCCUCUUCUGGAUGUGUGGCUGUUUGUUCUGAUUUGGUUUUCUCAAGAUCUAGUUAUAUUGUUGGUGAUAUUUCUGGUUCUGGAAUCAAAGAGGGGGCGGUCAAGAUGUCUUCUCUGAGUAGGGAGCUUGUGUUCCUGAUCUUGCAGUUUCUCGAUGAGGAAAAAUUCAAAGAGACUGUUCACAAGCUAGAGCAGGAAUCUGGGUUUUUCUUCAACAUGAAGUAUUUUGAGGAUGAGGUGCAUAAUGGCAAUUGGGAUGAAGUUGAGAAGUACCUCUCCGGGUUCACUAAAGUGGACGAUAACCGCUACUCCAUGAAAAUCUUUUUCGAGAUAAGGAAGCAGAAGUAUCUCGAGGCACUGGACAAGCAUGAUCGGUCCAAAGCCGUGGAUAUUCUAGUUAAGGAUUUAAAGGUUUUUGCCACAUUCAAUGAAGAACUUUUCAAGGAAAUCACUCAGCUCUUGACAUUGGAGAACUUUAGGGAGAAUGAACAACUAUCCAAGUAUGGAGAUACAAAGUCUGCCAGGGCAAUCAUGUUGGUUGAACUUAAGAAACUGAUUGAAGCGAAUCCCUUGUUCCGUGAUAAAUUGCAGUUUCCAAACCUUAAGAAUUCGAGGCUACGGACUCUCAUUAACCAAAGCUUAAAUUGGCAGCAUCAACUUUGUAAGAAUCCAAGGCCAAAUCCUGAUAUAAAAACACUUUUUGUGGAUCACUCAUGUGGACAACCGAACGGUGCAAGGGCACCAUCGCCUGCAAACAACCCACUGCUUGGGUCCUUGCCCAAAGCUGGAGGGUUUCCUCCGCUAGGUGCACAUGGGCCUUUUCAACCUACACCAGCCCCGGUUCCAAUUCCCCUUGCAGGUUGGAUGUCUAAUCCUUCCACAGUUACUCAUCCAGCAGUUUCUGAAGGAGGAGGUAUUGGUCUUGGUGGUCCAUCAAUAACAGCUGCCUUGAAACAUCCAAGGACUCCUCCAACUAAUCCUUCUGUGGAGUACCCGUCUGGGGAUUCUGAUCAUGUUUCUAAAAGAACAAGGCCGAUGGGGCUUUCGACUGAAGUUAAUCUCCCUGUUAACAUGUUGCCAGUAACAUUUCAAGGGCACGGACAUGGUCAAGCUUUGAAUGCACCUGAGGACUUGCCUAAGAAUGUCACACGGACUUUGAAUCAGGGUUCAUCACCCAUGAGCAUGGAUUUUCAUCCUUCACAGCAGACUUUGCUUCUUGUUGGUACCAAUGUGGGGGACAUUGGGCUGUGGGAAGUUGGAUCUAGGGAGCGACUAGUUUUAAGGAACUUCAAAGUAUGGGAUCUUAGUUCAUGCUCAAUGCCCUUGCAGGCUGCUCUAGUUAAGGAACCUGGUGUGUCUGUUAACCGUGUGAUUUGGAGCCCUGAUGGUGCUUUAUUUGGUAAGCUUGAGCAUACUGAAGUAACUGUGGCAAAUGUUUUAUGGCUUUAUAAUUAUUUAAGGACUGAAUUAGAUCCUAAUUAUUGUAUCAUUUACAAUCCAAUUACAGGUGUUGCUUACUCAAGGCAUAUUGUUCAAAUAUAUUCAUAUCAUGGGGGUGAUGACGUACGACAACACCUAGAGAUUGAUGCACAUGUUGGUGGAGUAAAUGAUCUAGCUUUCUCCCAUCCCAAUAAGCAGCUUUGUGUGAUUACCUGUGGGGAUGACAAGACCAUCAAGGUGUGGGAUGCUGCAACCGGUGCAAAACAAUAUACUUUUGAAGGUCACGAAGCUCCAGUUUAUUCUGUCUGCCCACAUUAUAAGGAAAACAUUCAGUUUAUCUUUUCAACAGCACUGGAUGGAAAGAUAAAGGCUUGGUUGUAUGACAAUUUGGGAUCUCGAGUUGAUUAUGAUGCUCCUGGUCGCUGGUGCACAACCAUGGCUUAUAGUGCUGAUGGUACAAGGCUAUUUUCAUGUGGGACAAGUAAAGAUGGUGAGUCACAUAUUGUUGAAUGGAAUGAAAGUGAAGGCGCUGUGAAGAGGACCUAUCAUGGCUUUCGCAAGCGUUCUUUAGGUGUUGUGCAAUUUGAUACUACUAAAAACCGGUUUUUGGCUGCUGGUGAUGAUUUUUCAAUUAAAUUUUGGGACAUGGACAACACUCAACUUAUGACAACUGUUGAUGCUGAUGGAGGCCUCCCAGGAAGCCCUCGUAUCCGCUUUAACAAGGAUGGCACUCUCUUGGCUGUUUCUGCCAACGAGAAUGGGAUUAAGAUUUUGGCAAAUGCAGAUGGAAUGCGGUUGUUGCGAACAUUUGAGAAUCAUCUUUCUUACGAGGCGUCGAGGACCUCUGAAGUUGUGAUGAAGCCUGCAAUAACCCCAAUUCAAGUUGCUGCUGCUGCUGCGGCAGCGGCUAGCAGUGCUGGACUGGCUGAACGAAGUGCAGCUGCAGCUGCUCUUUCUGGAAUGAAUGGGGAUGCUCGGAACUUGGGGGAUGUGAAACCUAGAAUAGCUGAAGAAUCCAAUGACAAAUCAAAGAUUUGGAAGCUCACUGAAAUCAGUGAACCAUCCCAAUGCCGUUCCUUGAGGCUACCUGAAAACAUGAGAGUAACCAAGAUUUCGAGGUUAAUCUAUACCAACUCAGGAAGUGCAAUUUUGGCAUUAGCAUCAAACGCCAUCCAUUUGUUAUGGAAAUGGCAGAGGAGUGAGCGUAACUCUACUAGCAAGGCAACUGCUAGUGUUUCACCUCAACUGUGGCAACCCACAAGUGGCAUUUUAAUGACCAAUGAUAUUACUGACACAAGUCCUGAAGAAGCUGUUCCUUGCUUCGCUUUGUCCAAGAAUGAUUCUUAUGUAAUGUCAGCAUCUGGUGGAAAGAUUUCCCUGUUCAAUAUGAUGACAUUUAAGACAAUGACAACUUUCAUGCCUCCACCACCUGCCGCAACAUUUCUUGCUUUCCAUCCUCAAGAUAACAAUAUUAUAGCUAUUGGAAUGGAUGAUUCUACAAUUCAGAUAUAUAAUGUCCGCGUAGAUGAGGUUAAGAGCAAGCUUAAAGGUCACUCUAAAAGGAUAACUGGCCUGGCAUUUUCUCAUGUACUGAAUGUGCUAGUUUCAUCAGGAGCUGAUGCACAGCUUUGCGUAUGGAGCUCUGAUGGAUGGGAGAAGCUGAAGUCCAGAUUCUUGCAGCUUCCAGCUGGAAGAACGACAGCUUCCCUAUCAGACACGCGUGUACAGUUUCAUCACGAUCAGCAACAGUUCUUGGUUGUUCACGAGACUCAACUUGCCAUAUAUGAAACAACAAAACUAGAAAUUGUCAAGCAGUGGGUCCCACGUGAUUCUGCUGCACCAAUCUCUCAUGCAACAUUCUCAUGCGAUAGCCAGCUUGUAUAUGCCAGCUUUUUAGAUGCAACCGUUUGUGUGUUUAGUGCUGCAAAUCUCAGACUACGGUGUCGUAUUAAUCCUUCUGCUUAUCUUCCUGCUAAUGUCAGUUCUAACGUGCAGCCCCUCGUGAUUGCGGCGCAUCCACAAGAAGCAAAUCAGUUUGCAUUAGGACUAUCGGAUGGUGCUGUUCAUGUCUUUGAGCCCCUUGAAUCUGAAGGCAAAUGGGGUGUGGCCCCACCAGUUGAAAAUGGGUCAGCAAGCAGUGCGCCGGCUAAUCAAGUUGGAGCUGCAGGGUCAGAUCAAGCGCAGAGAUAAUCAAGUGGCUGGCAGAGCACAAGUUGUUUUACAUGCUUUGCUUGCUGGCCUAUUCCAAAUACAGUUGUGUUCUUCAUGCAGUGUAAUUUAAACGAGGAAUGAUGUGCAGAUAUGUAGAUUUAACGAGUUGGUUCAGAAUCUCAAGUAAGUUAAAUGCAGGAGUAUUAGCAGUGAAAUGUAUUUAAAUUAUGCGUUGGAAAUGAAGAGUUUUACAUUUCUUAGGUAUGCUUUUCUUCCAAAGAUGAUCAGAUCAUGAAUAUAAUUCUAGGUUUUUUAUGUCAAA